UUUAAGUUUUUCUUGGCAAGAGAUUUCAUCUUACUUUCGCAAAAAUUUAAUAAUCUUUGCAAAAUAAAAGUCAGAAAACAUUUAUUAAGCUCGUAAUAAAAUGUUUACUUUCCAGUAUAUUUAGGCAAUUACAUGCUAAAUAAAUAAUUGAUAUUUCUUACCAAUAAGUAUAAAGGCUCUAUACAAAGUUAAUCAUGACGGAUAAAGUCUUGUCUCUCGGUCAGCGAGUAAUUCUGGUUGCUAAGGAUGUAAAAGGUACCGUGGCGUACGUCGGGUACCCAACUUUCGCUUCGGGAAGAUGGGUUGGAGUGAUAUUGGAUGAACCUAAGGGAAAGAAUAAUGGUACAUUACGUGGUCAUGCUUAUUUUCGUUGUGAAGAAAACUAUGGUGUGUUUGUUCGCCCAACACAAAUCCAGCUUUUGGACGGAGAUGAUAAUCCAAUAGACAUGACAACUUCAACAGAGGAACCAUCUAUUAUAAAAUCUUCAAGUAAUCGAAGACUUAGCAGUAUAACAGUCGCGCAGAGAUCUAGGCCCACCACUGUGCGGAGGAAGGCGUCCCCGGCCCAGACAAAGGCCGGCACGCUAUCAAUGUCGAGUUCCAGGACAUCUUUAGCGAGCAGUCGACAGUCUCUAACCUCGUAUACAUCGCCGACAACUGAAAGAGCAACGUCGCCGGAAUUGACUAAAAGAGCUUCAUUUGUUGAGACUAAUUUCGUUGAGACUCUAACCCCUCAAUACACGCCGGGUCAGAGUCUCACCUCCCCCCAACCCGUGUCUAACGCGGUAGAAGACAAGCUGGCGAACAUGCAAGCACAACAGGAGAUAACAAAUCUGAAAUCCGAAGUGGAAGAUCUGAAAGAGAAAUUGGAGACGUUAAGAGUGAGACGCGCAGAAGAUAGGGAGAAGUUGAAAGAGUUGGAAAGAGUACGUCUGCAGUUGGAUCAGGCGAACGAGUUUAAGACGAAGAUAAUGGAGUCUAAAGCACAAUUACAAAGAGAUCUACAAAGAGCUAAACAGGAGGUCCGUGAAGCUCAAGAGGCUUUAGAAGUACACAAUGAAGAAACAGCAGAGUUACAAGAGGCAGCAGAGAUGGCAGCACUGGAUAAGGAGAUGGCAGAAGAGAGAGCAGAAGCUCUGCAGAUGGAGUUGGAGCAGUGCAGGGAUAAGUUGGAAGAAGCGACCCUGGAUCUCCAGCUGAUGAGAGCGGAGAUGGAGGCUGGAGGGAAUAUACAGCACCCGUACGCAGUGGGCGAGGGGGCGACAGGGUACGAGAUGCGCGCACUCCAGCAGCAGAAUGUACGGCUGCGGGACACCCUGGUCCGCCUCAGGGACCUCUCGGCACACGACAAGCAUGCUAUGCAGAAGAUGCACAAGGAUUUGGAGCAAUACAAGUCGGAGAUAGCUGAACUAAGCCGUACUAAGGAGAAGUUGUCAUCGAGAGUCGAGGAGUUGGAGGCGCAGGUGGCUGAUCUCCGGGAGCAGGUGGAUGCGGCACUCGGGGCUGAGGAGAUGGUGGAACAGUUGGCCGAGAAGAAAAUGGCUUUAGAAGACCAGGUGGAGCAGCUGAAGCAGGAUGUAUCCGAGCUGGAGGCGCUGCAAGAGGUCCACGAGCAGCUGGUGGAGUCCAACCGCGAGCUGGAGAUGGACCUCCGCGAGGAGUUGGAGAUGGCGCACGCCGCUACUAGAGAGGCUGUGCGUGAGAGAGAAGCUGCUAUGGAGACGAUAAUGGACAGAGAUGCAACCAUCGUUAAGUUCAGAGAACUUGUACACAAAAUGACUGAACAACACAACGAGAUGAGAGCACAACUAGAUAACAAACAAGAAUCACCAGCUCGCUCGGAGCAGGAGUCCAGCCCGGAGGUGCGGGCUUCGCCCCCGGGCGCUCCGGAGCUGGGGUCGCUGGUGCAGGCGUCGCGCGCCUCCACGCGCUCCGUGGACCUGCAGCUGCGCGCGCUCGAGCUGGCGCAGGCGAGGGCGCGCGCCGACAUGCUGGCUGCCUGUCUGCCUGACCACUUUAUGGCUAAUGCUGGUGACCACGAUGCGAUACUACUUAUUCUGUUACUGCAACGUUUGAAUACCAAAGCUGAUAUAAUAUUGGGACAAAUAAGAGAGAAGUUCCCAGCGGUGAAUGUAUGGGACAGGGAAGUGAUAACAAAGACCCAUACAGCGGUGCAGUACAGCUUCAGAUGUCAGCUGGAGUACCAGCUCCAUAUGAUACAGUGUCUAGUCAGCAUGUGGUCCGGUGCCCUGGAGUGCUGUACUCCGGAGCUGCUGCUGCGGGCUGCGGGCGCGCUGCCGGACGCGGCUGCGCAGGAACGAGCAUUAGACGCUCUGACGUCACUGCUCAGGACCAACGAGCUGGACGAGAACUGCUCACUUGAUGAUAAGCAGCACGAGCUGGGUCAGCUGCACGAGCUGAUACAGAACAGCAGUUCCACGCUGCAGCAGCAGCUGAAGAGUGUGCGCAGGAGACUGCCUCCUGGCGCCAGGCUGGAUAAUGUGCCGUUGGACCUGCAGGUCUAUUGGCAGUAG